CUUUUUCAAAGUAAACUUUCGCCUAUUUUCUUACAUAAUGAAACGUAUUUUUUUAAUUAAUUAAUUGCUUAGUGAUCGAAUUUAGUACAUUUUAUAAAUUCUCAUUUCUUGACUCGAUAACGUUUCGAUUUUCCAAUACUUUUUAUACGGUGAUAAUAUGAAUUAAUUUAUCGGAGACUACGUAGACGAAUUCAUUGACCAAAAUUUCAAUUCACUGUGUUAUUCAUUCUCGUUAAUUGUUCCCUAUGAAUUUAUUCACCAAUUCUGUUAACACAUCAUUAAUGCCAAAUGUACACGUAAAUAAAGAUUUUUACUUUCAUUCGUUCUUGAAAAACUGCGUGAACAAUAAUCCUCCUUCGUUGAACGAUUCGCCCGCUGAAUUCGACUACAGUUCAAAUUUAUAUCCUAUAAGGCUGAUUAAAAAUUUACAAUCUCUGAGAAAAGAGUCAAGAUUCUGUGAUGUCAAGAUAUCGGUUCAAAAUGAAAUAUUCAACGCCCAUCGAGCAGUUUUAUCCGCCAGUAGUCCAUAUUUUUACGCUAUGUUCAACAAUGGAUUGAAGGAGAAUGGAAAAGAUGUCAUUGAGCUGCACUCGUUAUCGUCUGAAAUUUUCAACGGACUUAUCGAUUUUAUUUAUAGUGGUAGUAUAAGAAUCACUAGACAAAAUGCCCAAGAAUUAAUCGUCGCUGCCGAUAUGCUCCAGUUGACGGAUCUCGUCACUGGAUGCAUUGAUUUCUUCAUCAAAGAGCUCGAUAUUACAAAUGCUGUAGGAAUAUAUAGAUUAGCUGAUAUGCAUAAUUUCACCAAUUUAGCCAAAUCUGCGUUAGAAUUUAUUCAGAAUAAUUUUCCUUUAAUUUGCCAAGAAGAAGAGUUCUUGGAACUACCAAAGAAGUAUAUUUUAGAAUUACUAUCCAGCGAAUAUUUACGCGUCGAUAGUGAACUUCAAGUUUUCCAAUCGGCGAUUCGUUGGAUCCAUCAUAAAGUCGAUGAACGUCGUUCGUUUGUUUUUGAAAUCUUGUACAACAUACGACUGCCAUUAUUAGCUGAAACUUACGUCGAACAAGCGAUUAAUGAUUGCGGCGACAGUAGUGUAAAAUUAGCCCUUCGUUCUAUUUGGAAGGAUCUGUUUUUGAAAAAAGGCAAUUUAUCGCCUUUAAUCGUUCAACCAAGAAUAUGCGCCAAGAAAGAUAUUUUCGUUAUUGGAGGCUCGAAAAGAGAAAUGAUCAGUACCUGGACUCGUUCUUCUGAAUGUACUUUUGAAACUGUUGAGAAAUUCGAUACCUUUAAGAAAUGUUGGAGUCGUGUAUCUUCUAUGGGUAUUGGAAGAAUAUUACCCGGUGUAACUGCUUUGAAUGGUAAAAUUUUUGUCGUCGGUGGUGAACAAGAAUCUCAAAUCUUAGCCAAUGGAGAAUGUUACGAUCCUGUUGGUGAUACUUGGACAGCUAUCGAUAGCAUGGUGGUUCCCAGAUGCGAAUUUGGAUUGGCAGCUUUGCAUGGUUAUCUGUAUGCGAUUGGAGGAUGGGUUGGUGACGAUAUUGGCGGGUCGAUUGAAAGGUAUAAUCCUGUGCUAAACGAAUGGAAAUUAUAUGGAAAUUUACCCGAACCUAGAUUUAGUAUGGGUGUGGUUUCUUACGAAGGUUUAAUAUACAUUGUUGGAGGUUGCACUCACAGUAAUCGCCAUCAUUCUACUCUCCUGAGCUACAAUCCAAUUACGGGUGAAUGGGAUACAUUAGCGUCGAUGUUGGUGCCACGGAGUCAAAUGGGAGUCGCAAUUUUAGAUAAUCAUUUGUACGUGGUUGGAGGUACAAAUAAACAUCACAAUGUGCUGCAUUCCGUUGAAAAAUAUUCCUUUUACAAAAACAAAUGGUACAAAGUUCCACCGAUGUCCGUUGGAAGAUCGAGUCCUGCAGUCGCAGCGGUGGGCGGGUUAUUAUACGUUAUCGGCGGAGAUCAAACUCACGAAGUGAACUUUUAUCGUGCCCAAAUUACAAUUUCAUCGGUCGAGAUAUUUGAUCCGGUGGCAGGAGUAUGGAAAGAUGGUCCUCAACUUCCAGAUAGUCGAAGUGAAGCAGGAGCUGUUGUAGUAUAAUAUUAGAUUUCGAAUGAUUAUUUUUUUUUUACAUUAACAUGGCGCGUAAUAUUUUCCUACAUACUAUCAAUUUUCGUGUUCAUAAACGUUAUUAAAAAUCUCAAAAAAUUGUAUCAUAUUUUUACCUACUGAUUUUUGUCGAAUUUCGAAGCGUUUUUUUUCCUCAAGUAAUUAUCGAUCGCUUUGCGAUUAAUUGAUUACCAUACAUACGGUACGGCUUGUUUAUUGAUAUUAUAUCGCGAUUGUAUUAGAAAAAAGUAAAUAUUAAAUUAGAACAUUGAUUCUUUAGGGUUCUAUAAAUUUGGUAAAUUCAAAAAAACCGGAACUAUUUAAAAUGACGGAUAUCAUGUAAUGGAUGAUGUUCCUAUUUCUCCGCUUGUUCAUAAUUGAACAAUUUACUUAUGUAAGAUAAUCUCUGUUAACGCGUUAACUUGUUAGCGCGAUCGCUGAACUUAUAAUAUAACGCGCAAAUCAUUCAAAUGUAUCACUAUUGUAAAAUUUUCGUUUUCGCUUUGGUUGUGGCUAGUCAUUUGUCGGGUGAGUGUAUUAUUUCACGGUUGAUCUUUUAAUUAUGUAUUUUUAUUACGUUAAAAACGUCGAGUUUUUCAUCAAUACUACAAUUGUUAAGAUUUUUACUUGUUUUUACUUUCUGUUAUUGAAUUCAUUGUUUAAAUUGUAAGUUUCAGUAAUUACCUAUAAAUUUUUAUCACCGCA